AUGACCACUUCAACCUCCAUGCAGCCAUCUACUGCUGCUGUAGCACGCACUCACCUCAAUACUAGGCACGGAACUUAUGAGCUGGGCAAGGUUAUUGGCCAGGGUGCUUCUGCAAAGGUUCGGCUCGCCACGCACACAACUUCCCACCACGUCUGUGUGAUCAAGAGCAUCAAGAGACCUAGACUAGAAACUUCUGACUGUCCCAUUCAGCCCGCUGACGUAGACAAAUUGUGGAAGAAGGAGUUAUUCAACAUCAGGGAAGCCUCAAUAUCCAUGUUACUCGACCAUCCAAAUAUAUCUCGCAUGUUCUCAGCCGUAUUGGGCGAGCACCACAUCUACGCACUAUUUGAGCACCUCCCAGGUCAGGACUUGGUUGAUGUCAUCCGAAAUUGUGGUUAUAUUAAGCCAAAACGUGCUCGACACAUCUUUCGACAAGUCCUUUCUGCAAUAGACUUUGCCCACAGAAACAGUGUCAUCCAUCGAGACAUUAAACUUGAAAACAUCAGAUACAACGCAGCAACAGGUCUUGCCACAGUUUUGGACUUUGGGUUUGCUACGUUUUACGACAAGACUGGGAAUCGUCUCAUACAAAAUAAUUGUGGAAGUCCAAGCUAUGCUUCUCCAGAGAUAUUUGCCAACUCAUUCUAUCAAGGUCCUGAAAUCGAUAUUUGGUCGUUGGGAGUCUGUUUAUAUGGAAUGUCAUGUGGCACGUUACCAUUUGCUGGACAAUCAUUUGCCGAACUCUCUGCUUCAGUGAAACACAGCGAAAUUUCUUUCCCAGAUCACACAUCAUCAGACCUUAUUGACCUGAUCUCACGCAUGUUACAAAGAGACCCUGACCAACGAAUUACCAUGGACGACAUUCUCGAACACCCUUGGGUAUCCCCCAACAUCAUCAGCCCACGUCACAAUUUGAAUUCACAAAAUACCAUACCUCCCCAACUGAUUACCGCCGUUUUGGGCAAAUCCCCACAAGAAGAAGCAGAGAUCUUACAGAAAGUCAUGUUUUCGGAACGUUCACCGCAACGAAAUGUUGGUGUUUCUCGAAAUCCAAUCAACAAGUUGUCCGCCACAAAUCCCCGAAAAUUGUCUCCCAUUAUCGCGCCACGACCCGUCAGCGAUCAUCAUUUGAAAACAAAACUACUUACUCGUGUGCAAAGUGACAAUGAAACACUCGUGCCGAAACAAACUUGGUUGAGUCGGUUGGCUAGCAAGGUUUUUGGUGCCCGGAGUAGUAACAAUAGCCACAGCAGCCAUAGAACUUAA